AUAUGAAGAGGUGAGACACCACUGAAUCAAAGCUUCUGCACCAGAGAGAAGCUUUCAUGGCUGCCUCUACGAAGAACAGGCUUUCUCUAGCCAUGGAGAGAACUGGAAAAUGGGUCUUCUCACAAGAAAUCCCCACGGAUGUAGUCGUUGAAGUUGGGGAAGCAAACUUCUCCUUGCACAAAUUUAUGCUAGUGGCUAAAAGUGGGUACAUAAGAAAGUUGAUCAUGGAAUCGAAAGAGGCUGAUCUCUCCAGGAUCGAGCUUCCAGACAUUCCUGGUGGACCGGAGACAUUUGAAAAGGCAGCAAAAUUCUGCUACGGGGCCAGUUUCGAAAUUACCGUAAAAAAUGUGGCGGCUUUACUGUGUGCGGCUGAGUAUUUGGAGAUGUCCGAGAAAUAUUGCGAAGGCAAUCUCAUCUCUCGUGCGGAGGAUUUCUUGGUCGGUGUCGCAUUGACGAGCCUUUCGGGUGCGGUUGCGGUGCUAAAGAGUUGCGAAGAGCUGCAACGCAUGGCUGAGGAGCUCAACAUUGUGACUAGGUGCAUUGAUACUGCCAGCAUAAAGGCCUGUAACGAGUCGAAUUUUCCGACACGCUCUCCUCCUGACUGGUGGAUUGAAGAACUGUUGCCCCUAAACGUUGAAACCUUUCAAAGAAUCGUGGCUGGGAUGAAAGGAAGAGGAGCGAGGCCUCAAAGCUUCGCAACUGCUCUCAUGGCCUACUCUGAAAGAUCGCUCAAAGAACUCAUUCGAGAUCACACAGGAAAUGGCACAACCUCUCUGACUUCUAGUAAUAUCGAUACCGAAAAGAACCAAAAGAAAUUACUAGAAAACAUAGUUGCCAUCUUGUCUGCAGAGAAAGUGGCCUUCCCUGUAAACUUCCUGUGUUGCUUGCUAAGAGCUUCCAUUUUCCUAAAUUGUUCGAUGACUACAAAAAAUGAACUAGAAAGGAGGAUUUCAGCUAUACUAGAGCAUGUUGGGGUGGAUGACUUGCUGGUGCUUUCUUUCACUUAUGAUGGAGAGAGGCUUUUCGAUCUUGAGAGUGUUCGUCGUAUAAUUUUGGAGUUCAUCGAGAAAGAGAAGGCCGUCGGUUUCUUCAAUGGAGAGUUUAAAGUGUGCUCUUCAGCAAUGCAGAGGGUGGCCAAGACCAUAGAUACUUACUUAGGUGAGAUAGCAACAGAUGCAGACUUGAGCAUCUCAAAGUUUACAAGCAUUGCGAACUUAAUACCGAAGGCGGCAAAGAAAUUUGAUGAUGAUUUGUACCGGUCCGUCGAUAUUUACUUGAAGGCACACCCAAACCUUGAUGAGAUAGAGAGAGAGAAGGUAUGCAGUGUCAUGGAUCCUUUGAAGCUCUCAUAUGAAGCUAGGGUCCAUGCCUCCCAAAACAAGCGCCUCCCUGUCCAAAUAGUUCUGCAUGCCCUCUAUUAUGACCAGCUCAAGAUAAGGAGUGGUAAAGAAGAUGCCAAGAAUUUUGAUGCGUCAUUCACUAGAAACCAAGUCCAAGCUGAUAUCUCUCUUAUCAAAGAGAAUGAAUCUCUAAAAUCUGAGCUUGCAAAAAUGAAGAGUUAUGUUGAUGGCCUGCAAAAAGGCAAGGGAAUUGCAACGAAAUCAUCCAAGAAAACCUUCUUCUCUUCGAUGUCUAAGAAACUUGGUAGGUUGAAUCCUUUCCGACACGGAUCGAAGGACACUUUGAAUGUAGAAGAUGGUAAUGCAGUCGAUAUUACGAAGCCGAGGAAGCGGAGGUUCUCGAUCUCUUGAUGUAUUGUUGGAUAUUCAUUAAAGGGAAUGAAGCUCCAAAGUCUGAGCCAGUAAUAAUGAAAAAUUAUAUGGAUGGUCUGCAAAAAGACCAGGGAAUUGGAGAAAAAUCAUCGAAUUGGAGAAAAAUCAUCUAAGAAGCCAACAUUCUCUCAAUGGCAAAGCCGAAACCUUUUCGACAUGAAUCCAAGGACACUUUGCACAUAGAAGAUCAUAGUGCGGUCAAUGCAGUGCUGCCGAGGAGGUUGAGGUUCCUGAUCUCUUGAUGUGUUAUUUGAUGUUGGUUUUCUUGUGUGCUUUUUCGUUUCAUUUUUCUUUUUUUUUCCUUUCUUUUUUUGGUUGACUCUUGGUGUACAGUUCAAGUUUGAAGCAUUCAGUGAUUGAUAGUUUUUCUCUGUGUACUUUGAUUCUUGAGUUAUAAGGAAUUUCCAGUCUCUUGAUGUGUUA